AUGGCUAUGGUCGAUGAGCCUCUCUAUCCAAUUGCCGUGCUGAUAGAUGAGCUUAAAAAUGAAGAUAUUCAAUUGCGCCUGAACUCCAUCAGAAGACUUUCCACUAUUGCACGGGCACUUGGAGAAGAAAGAACCAGGAAGGAACUGAUUCCUUUCCUCAGCGAAAACAAUGAUGAUGAAGAUGAGGUGCUUCUUGCAAUGGCUGAAGAAUUGGGUGUGUUCAUUCCUUAUGUUGGGGGUGUAGAGCAUGCUCAUGUUUUGCUCCCACCAUUGGAGACAUUGUCUACGGUGGAGGAAACUUGUGUCCGAGACAAAGCAGUUGAGUCGUUGUGCCGUAUUGGUGCACAGAUGAAAGAAAAUGACAUUGUUGACUAUUUCAUUGCAGUAGUAAAGAGGCUAGCGGCUGGUGAGUGGUUUACAGCUCGAGUAUCAUCCUGUGGUCUUUUCCAUAUAGCCUAUCCAAGUGCCACCGAUCCGUUGAAAACAGAACUGAGGACUAUUUAUGGCCAGUUAUGCCAAGAUGACAUGCCUAUGGUCAGAAGGGCAGCUGCAUCAAAUCUUGGGAAGUUUGCUGCCACUGUUGAACAGAGCCAUUUGAAGACAGAAAUCAUGUCGAUCUUUGAUGAUCUUACCCAAGAUGAUCAAGAUUCAGUACGUUUAUUGGCAGUUGAAGGCUGUGCCGCUCUUGGAAAAUUGUUAGAACCCCAAGAUUGUGUAGCCCAUAUCCUUCCAGUCAUUGUUAAUUUCUCCCAGGAUAAAUCUUGGCGUGUCCGUUAUAUGGUUGCAAACCAGUUGUAUGAGCUCUGCGAGGCAGUUGGCCCCGAGCCUACAAGAGCGGACCUGGUGCCUGCAUAUGUUCGCCUCCUCCGUGAUAAUGAGGCUGAAGUGCGGAUAGCAGCUGCCGGAAAAGUUAUGAAGUUCUGUAGGAUAUUAAGUCCACAGCUUGCAAUUCAGCACAUUCUGCCGUGUGUUAAGGAAUUGUCAUCAGAUUCGUCUCAGCAUGUUCGCUCAGCUUUGGCUUCAGUCAUCAUGGGAAUGGCCCCUGUCUUGGGGAAGGAUGCUACCAUUGAACAACUUCUUCCUAUUUUUCUUUCUUUGCUGAAGGAUGAAUUUCCUGAUGUUCGACUGAACAUAAUCAGCAAGCUUGAUCAAGUUAAUCAGGUCAUUGGAAUUGACUUGCUGUCGCAAUCUCUAUUGCCGGCUAUUGUAGAACUUGCGGAGGAUAGGCACUGGAGGGUUCGGCUUGCAAUAAUUGAGUACAUCCCUCUGCUGGCUAGUCAGUUAGGUGUUGGGUUUUUUGAUGACAAGCUGGGGGCACUUUGCAUGCAAUGGUUGGAAGAUAAGGUUUUCUCGAUCAGAGAAGCUGCCGCAAACAACUUGAAGCGCCUGGCGGAGGAGUUCGGUCCAGAGUGGGCUAUGCAACACAUAAUUCCUCAGGUGUUGGAGAAGAUAAACAACCCACAUUAUCUGUAUCGCAUGACCAUCCUGCAAGCUAUCUCAUUGCUAGCCCCUGUCAUGGGUGCAGAAAUAACAUGCCAAAAGCUGCUCCCUGUCGUCAUUAAUUCCUCGAAGGACAGAGUGCCGAACAUCAAGUUCAAUGUUGCGAAAGUUCUGCAGUCGCUUGUACCAAUCCUUGAUCAAUCUGUGCAGGUUGCUGAGAAGACUGUGAAGCCAUGCCUCGUCGAGCUGAGCGAGGACCCUGAUGUGGAUGUACGAUACUAUGCAAACCAGGCCCUUCAGGCGUGUGACCAGAUCAUGAUGUCUAGCUAA